AACCAUCACCUGACGGUUCGAAACAGCUUUCAAAUAGCAAGCUUCUGCUGCGCCGGGGAGCUGGCUGCAGGGCCUUGUAUGUAACUCUAGAUACGUUUUUAGUUCGUUUUUACAUUUGUUGGAAAAUCUUCAAAAUGGUUGUUAGUCACCAUCAAGUUAGAACUAGUACAUGGCGACCUGUACCAGCACCGACUGGGAAGAAAGACAGCAAUUUGUUAUUCGUACGGAAUCCGCCUAUGGCGCCUCCAAAACCAAACGGAAAGUUUUAUGUGUACACGUACGAGCAGCCUACCAACGGCCAUACCCCCCUGAUGUAUUCGCAAGCUAAAAAAUUGCCACCACAUACUCAAUUCGUAGUAAGGCAGUCACAAAGUACCAACGGACCGAGCUAUAAUUUUCCUUGUGCGAAUGAAAUUGUUGAAACGAACGGCAGACAAACACCUGAAGUAAGGUUGAAGGAACGCUACAAGAAAAACGAAAAAGGAUACAAAGUUAUUGCCGACGUGUCGCCAAAACUUCGUAGUUCCUCAAAAGGCGGGAAAAUGUUCAUCAGACAGAAGAAGAGAAUGGACCAGUUCACUAGUGCAGAGAGUAAAGGAAAGAGAUCGGAAGAUCCAGAAGACGACGAACCAGUGGGCGUGGAAGAGCGAGCUACUCCUUGGAAUUUAGCUUGCGAAUCGGGGCAAAGUGUUAGGUAUAUCCCAGCGCAUGUAUACCACAACCAAAUGACAAAAGAAGUCACGGAAAAAGGUUCAGUAUUGCCUCCUGUCUCGAAUCCCAACUUCAUAGAAAGAGCUGAAGUAGAAGAUUUUCCGGAGGUUGUACAUCAAGGUCCUCCUAGAAGAUGGAAUAUCUAUGAUGCUCAGAUGACUCCAUCUCGAUGCGGGUCUGCGCCUCCGGUGUUUUAUGAUUACGAAGAUGAAUACGAUACCGAUUACAAUAGUUUUGCCAAGCCUAUCAAGUCGGGAUAUAAAUUCGGAAACAAAUUGGGAAAUAGGUUCGGAGUUCCAACUUCGACUAUUACAUUCAACGCAAGAAGACAUGGAGAAGCACCUCACUGGAGGCAAGGGAUGUUCAAGAAUAGAUCUGUCUUUGUAACACAGCCGCACGCUCAUUUGGAUUUUAACGCAAAGCCAGUAGGCUGGAGUCGUUCUUUUGCUGAAAACUACUGAUCUGCUUAAAAUUUUACAAGCUCGAAGGCGCUUUGUUGUAAAGUUACGCUUAUUGUGUAAAAGUUUAAUUAGAUUUAUACUAGUGGAAAUGGUUUUGGUUGUCUUGAGAUGUAAAUACAAGUCAAAACGGUUGUUUA